AUGGAUCACGAGGUCAUCUUCCAAGAAUCCCACGCACACGCACUCGACCACGCAGACCCGCUCCGGGAAUUCCGGGAUGCCUUCCUCAUCCCCUCCCCGGCACAACUGGCUUCCACAUCCAACAACGUCAACGUCAACGUCAACGGCUCGGGCUCCGAUGAGAAGGCCGUCUACCUCUGCGGCAACUCCUUGGGCCUCCAGCCAACCCUCACGCGGAAGUAUUUCGAGCAAUACCUCGACACAUGGGCGCAGAAGGGCGUUUUCGGUCAUUUCAAGCCCGUGAGCAAUACCCACCUGGCGCCAUGGCUGCACGUGGACGAGGAUGUCCGUGAUGAGAUGGCCAAGAUCGUCGGCGCACGAGCGGGAGAGGUCGCGGUCAUGCAGACCCUCACGGCGAAUCUGCACUUCCUCAUGUGCAGCUUCUACCUCCCUUCCAAGCAGCGGCAUAAGAUCUUGCUCGAGGGCCGGGCGUUUCCGAGCGAUCACUUCGCGGUCGAAUCACAGAUCCGCUUCCACGGCUUCAAUCCCGAGAACUCCAUGGUCCUGCUGGAGCCAGCACCGGAGGAGGAUGGACUCACCCUUUCGACCGCGCACACACUCUCUCGGAUCGACCAGCACGCAGACGAAUUGGCUCUCGUCCUUCUCCCCGGCAUUCAAUACUACACCGGCCAGUUCUUCGACAUCAAAACCAUCACCGCACAUGCACAGAGCAAAGGCAUCGUAGUCGGUUGGGAUCUGGCACACGCGGCGGGCAACGUGCCCCUCGAGCUGCACGACUGGAACGUGGAUUUCGCCGCCUGGUGCACCUACAAGUACCUCAACGCGGGACCCGGGAGCAUCGGAGGGUGCUUUGUACAUGAGAGACAUGGCCGGGUACUCGUGAAAGAGCAAGACGGCAAGCCCUCCUCCUCCUUCGACUAUCGUCCCCGACUAGCCGGGUGGUGGGGAUCGCAGAAAUCAAGCCGCUUCGCCAUGGCCAAUAACUUCGAGCCCAUCCCCGGCGCAGCCGGAUUCCAGCUGUCCAACACGUCCGUCGCCGAUUCCACGGCGGUCAAGGCAUCGCUCGACGUCUUCAAGCAGACUUCCAUGCGGGCGAUUCGCGAGAAGAGCCUCCAAAUCACAUCCUACCUGGAACGACUCCUCGAUCUCCUCGCCGCGGAGCAGAAGCAGCGAUUCGGCGCGCCGCUAUUUCACAUCAUCACGCCCCGGAAUCCGGCGGAACGAGGUGCACAGCUUUCCGUCAAGCUGAGGGCCGGUCUGCUCGACGCCAUCAUGGAGACUCUCGAGCACCAUGGUGUGGUGGUGGAUGAGCGGAGGCCGGACGUGGUGCGCGUGGCCCCUGCGCCGUUGUACAAUUCCUUUGCGGACGUGAGGACGUUCAUUGCCGUGUUCCGAAUCGCUUGCACUGACGCCACGAAGGGAGUCGGCGGCUCGGAGGAAGAAGCAAGGAUUACAUAG